GCUUCGUCUCCCAUACCUCAGCCUCGGUCCGAGCUUUCGUCAACGCUCGGGCCCACAUCCGUUAACAAUCCCCUCCAUGCUUCUGUUCCGAGCCUAUGGUCUGGAAGACGAGCCUGCACCGAAGCAGGGGCUCAAUUUCCCGCUCACACUGAGCACAGUUAGGAUUUGGGUUUCCACUCUUCCUUUCCCUCACACUAUUCACUAAAACUUAGCUUAGUGGACCAAAAGCCGAAGCUCAAACGCGCUGAAGUCUCUUUUUCUCUCUGAAAUGUUCUUCUUCUCCUCCUUCUCCUCCUUUUUCUAUCGCUAGCUCUUGAAGAAUAUGGCAAGGUCUUGGAUAAUUGAUAGCCGAACAAUUGCAAGAAAAGUUAGAAACGUCAGUCAAUCUUCUUCACAAGCAAUUAAAGAUUGUGAUGCGAAACGAGAAUGUCCAAACUGUCACUUUAUCAUUGAUAAUACAGAUGUUUCUCCUGAUUGGCCUGGAUUGCCUGCAGGUGUUAAGUUUGAUCCAACUGAUGAAGAAAUAAUGGAGCACUUAGCGGCCAAGUGUGCCGUUGGAAACUUAAAGCCACAUGUAUUAAUUGAUGAAUUCAUCCCCACACUUGAAACAGACCAAGGAAUCUGUUAUACUCAUCCAGAGAAUCUCCCCGGUGUUAGUAAAGAUGGAAAUGAUGUCCAUUUUUUUCAUAAAACAAGCAAUGCAUAUGCCACGGGUCAAAGGAAGCGCCGCAAGAUUGAAAGUGAACCUAAUUCAAGCCUCGAACAUUUUCGCUGGCACAAGACAGGUAGGACCAAAGCUGUGAUAGAUAAUGGUGUUCACAAGGGAUGGAAGAAGAUCUUCUCUCUGUAUAGAAGUUCGAAGGGAGGCUCGAAGCCUGAAAAGUCUAAUUGGGUUAUACAUCAAUACCAUUUGGGAACUGAAGAAGAUGAGAAGGAAGGCGAAUAUGUUUUAUCGAAAAUUUCUUAUCAGCAACAAAAGCAAUGUAUUAAGAGCAGUGAUAAUAUGCUCAUUGAGUAUUUUGAUGCAAUGCUCCAUCAAACAAGUCCUAGAACUCCCAAGUCGAAUCCUCCAAUUCCGCCUCGAUCGGGAAAAUCACUUGUCUCCAAUGCUGUUGCUGACAGCAGUCUGCCUCAGUCAUUUUCAAAGGAAGAAGAGUUGACUCCGGAGGCAUCUCGUGUUUCUUAUCCGAAUAUUUCAUCAGAGAUCGACGUGGGAUACCAUGCAUGGUUGGCUGGAGAAUCUCAGGAUAUAAAUGAUGUUGAACUACAUUACUUGGAAGACAACUUAUUGUGCAAUGAAGUCCUAGAUUCUAGUGCUUUUAUGACUAACAACCAAGUAAAUCAAAUGCUUUUCCCUCUCUCUGGUAACAAUGCUUACCACGAGAUUGCGAACGAUAACGUUCCUUGUGGAAUUGCAGACCUUGUGAACCUUGAAUUAGAUACUCCACCUGAUUUUCAUCUUGCUGACCUGCAGUUUGGUUCUCAAGAGAGCAUUUUCGACUGGAUCGACAGGAUAUGAAGUGAAUGUUGAAGCAAAAUCUCAUGAGAAUGACAUGUUACAAUCUGACUUUUCUGCCCCAAAUCUUCCUCGAAUUCACCAUCUUUCAUCGUAAAACUCUUUGCAGUCAUUUGGCUUUCAUUUGUAUGGGAAAUGCCAUGCAUUUCGCCCGUCGCAAGUCGGUUAAACUUUGAAAUUCGAAAGACACGUAACAACUUACAACCAUAUCUAUCAGUUGUUUCACACAGAAUCAAGAACAACCGCAACCUGCUCAGCUAUGUUUUUGCUCAAAUUUUGUGUUAAAUGCACCAUGAAGGUGCUUGAAGUUACUAUGAAUUUUUGAGUGCCAUUGAUGAUAUGUGAGAUGGGUUGUUGAGGGGAAAAUGUGGCUGAUCUAAUAUUUGGUAUGGAAUGUAAUAAACAUUCUAUGUGGUAACUGAUUUAUGUGUAGUGGUGGUGAUUCAUUUUGAGAAGAUGGAUGGGGUGACAUUCAUCUUUUGGCCAACUUUAAUCACACUUUUUCUGUAAGAUAUAGUAAGUAAUUGGGUGGUGUAUGUAUGAUCUAUAUUUA